AUGGGUCGACAUCGUCUUCUCGGGCAAUUUGAAGCCCAACUGAAUAACCUAUUGGUCGUCCACAUGCGCAGGGAUGCUAGAGGGAGGACGCCGGUCUCUUCCAAAUUGAACCCCGUUCCCAUCCUGCGUUCCAGCCUUGUGGAACGCAUAAACACCGCUCGGUGCAUGCGCCUACGAAAAGCGCGAACACCUGCCUGCAUUGACGCAAACCCUGAGGCGGUUUUUAAGACCCACCUAUUGAAGGCACACCGUGCGGAAACCCUCUCCCGCCCGGAAGUCGACGCGCCUUAA